GGGGAGAAGACAGAGGCCGGCCUGCCGGCGAUGUUGUCGGCGCGUAGCCUGCGGAAGGCGUCCGUCCCGCCGUCCCUGCUCACCGACCCCUCGCCGGGCUGCCUCCAGCCCACCCGCCUCGCCGUCCAUGUUAAUGGCGACGGCGGCUCCUGCUCCGCCUACUUCGCUUCCGGCGGCCGCGUCUACAAGAUCGAGAUAUCCAUGGAAGAGGAGAUGCUGUCCAGAGGAAAACAGAGCCUGUUGAUUCCUAUCAAUGCGCAGGUCAUAAGCUCGUCAGUAGUGGACCGCUGCCCGCAUCGCUCGGAGAUUCAGAGUGUAGUUCUGGCAGAGGGUGAAGGUGAUAGCUGCUUGAUUCUGGGAACUGUCGACUCUUACGGUCACCUCAUCGUAUCCCAUCUGGACACUGGGGCUGAUGACAUUGACAGGGCGUCUUAUUCAGUACCACCUCGUGAUAGUGGCGUUGGAGAAGGAAGCUGGGCUGGGUUGUGUUUUAGUCCAACGCACCAGUCCACGGUAGCUGUUGCUCGUGAGUUGUGCAAGAGCAUUGACAUCUAUGAUCAAGACAUUCAUAUUCGCAGUCUACGUUCUCAGCUGAGCAUCUGGGACUUAAGGAUGCAUAACAAUGGUGGAUGUGUACAGCGUGUUUCUGGUCCUGUUGGAGGCAUUUUAUACUCUGUUUGUAGUUCUGCCUCAGGGCUGAUUGCUGUCGGCGGAACUGAUCGCGCCGUCACCAUCUAUGAUCCUCGCAAGUGGUCGGCCUUAUCAAGAUGGGUAGGCUGCUCCAAGUAUGAGAUUACAGGUCUUUCAUUUUCGUCAGUUGACCAAUCGUUCAUAUAUGUCCAAGGUGUUGAUUAUGAGAUUACUUGUGGACAUUGGAGCAAAAGUGAGCGCGCAUUCUCAUUUCGAGGUGAUUCUAACUGGCUAGGCUUUUCAAAGUGUGCAGAUACCGAUGUGGUAGCUGGAUGGUGCGAGUCUGGAAGUAUCUUCGUUGCUGAUGUUAGGCAGGAUCUUCUCUCGGCAAUUGGGGUUUAGGGUGACGAGAGCGUGCAAGCAUCCAGUGGUUCUCCCCAUUCUUUGAGGUAGAGCAUUUUUAGGAGUUAAUAGGCCAGGCAGUGCUGGAAGCACUCUGCAACGCACUAUGGCUGUGUUCUGCUUACGUGCUUAAAUUUCCAGCUACAAGCUGUAGCAUGUAGCUGUUCUUAGGCACAUGGUAUUGUGCCUUGGGGGUGGAAACGCCUUGUUGCUUAUUGUAUUAUCAGAAUUCAGAAAUACCGUAAUGA